AUGGAUCUGCCGAGACCUAUCGUCAUGGACUCUGAAGGAGAUGGAUUGAAGACAGGCCGCGCCCUGCUCGGGCGCCUUUUGCUUGUGGGCAGCGCCCUCACACCGGAGGGCCUACUCAAUCUGGGUUGGACGGCUUCUGAGUUUGCCAGGCCUUUGGCUUCCCUGUCGUCAGAGCCGAUUGAUUUGAAGGGCCACUCGAGAUGCCAGAAAGUGAAGAGCCCUCUGAGACCAAAGCGUGUCCAUUUCCAGGAACCCGAUAUCAUCGAGGUGCCCAGCUGGAAGGAUGAGACGCGCCAGAUGCACUACAGGGCACAACCUUCCGAGGAGGAUCUCCUGGAAGAGUCUGUGAAGCUCUUGCUGCGGACCGCGAAGCGUUUCCUCUCUUCACGUGUCGCAUUUGCAGCUGCCUCUGCAGCUGCGAUGACCGGCAUGGUUGCAGUUGGAGUUGUCAACACAAUGCAGCAGCUUUGA